CCGCCGCCGCCUCCUCCCGGAGCCGCGCCGGGCCGGGCUGUGCCGGGAGCCGCCGGAGCUGGAACUGGUACCGGUGUCGGCUCCGCUGCCGCGGCCGCGCCCGCCGCUGCUGGGGGAGGCGGUGCCCGCGCCGCGCCCCCGCGCCCCGCCCGCCCCCGGCAGCAGCAGCAGCGGCAGCGGCAGCCUCAGCACCUCCGCCAGCUCCGCCAGCAGCUCCAGCGGCAGCGCCAUGGACCUGUCCUUCAUGGCCGCGCAGGUGCUUCCUGUUAUGGGAGGAGCCUUUAUGGACUCACCCAACGAGGACUUUAGUACAGAGUACUCCCUGUUUAACUCCUCAGCCAACGUCCAUGCAGCUUCUUCCAUGCAGAACCCACCAGAAGAGACAUCCCGUUCUUCAAAUGAUGCCAUAUUGUUAUGGAUUGCAAUAAUAGCAACAAUUGGGAAUAUUGUGGUUGUGGGAGUGGUGUAUGCCUUCACCUUCUAGGAUGACUGUCACUACAAACACUGGAAGAAAGGAAAUCUUCAGCAGUAUUUGUCAUGUGUAUGUAUGUGUGUAUAUAUACAUGUAUAUCUAUAUAAAUACAUAUAAGUAGAGACUUUGUUGAUUAAGUGCUGCCACAGUCAUGGAAAUGAAGUGCAAAUUAAUCAUUUUAAGCCUUGAUGGCAGAAAGUUUGGAUGCAAAUUGUGUGGAGGUGAGAGCUUUAUUUGAGAACAGAGCCAAUACCAGUUUUGUAUAGAAAUGUAAUAAAAGAGAGAUCAAUUUGGGUAUAGAAAAUACAGAGAGAUAUUUAUAUAGAAAGUGCUUAUUUUCUACUGUAGAUUUUUCUAGCAGUUCUUCUGCAGUUUGUCAGCUUUGUUUGUUUUUUUUUUGUGCAUUUUUUACUGUGGUAUAACAUUAUAUGGAAUUGUUCCACGUCAUGUUUUCUGGACAUCUUAAUUUCCUAGAUGGAUCAAGUGGCUGGCAUUGGCUUGGUUCUGAUGAAGUCCAAGUUCAUUAUGUGUGAGUCUUCAGCAUGGCUGAAGGGAGACUCCUGGGCUGGAUUCAAAAUCAUGAGUCUCACAGCCAUGGCAGCAGAUGCAGGAUGUCUCUUACUUGCCUUCCAGUGUCAGUAAUUGGAGCUGGGAAUCAAUGAAAUGAUGCUGAACCUGUCUGCUUUUCAGGGGGAGGCACAGCUAUUGCUGCUCUGCAGACCCUCUGAAUUUCAGGGGAGGAAAUGAUAAACAGAGUAGCAGCACAGGUUCCCAUUUCUGUCUAGAGGUACUGGAUUGCAGUGGUUUGUAUAUGCAUCUCUUCCAGGAAACAAAAGCCUAAUGCCACACUUUUCAUCUCAUUGGACUGCAAUCCAGAUUUCUUACAGCAGCUGUGUACUUUCAUGAUGUUAUUGAUGUUCUGAAGGAAUUAUGGGAAAAUUGUGAAGCCUAAUUAAUAGUGAAUAUGUCUAUGAGAAAGAUAACAUUGAAAGAAAGGUUGGGCACUUCUGUGCUUAUCUGGGGGUGAAUUCAAGAGUCAGGUAUGACCUGGGGUAGAAACAACACAAGAAAAGUAAUAAGUGUCAGAUGUGCAAGUGCUUGUAUCUCAGUAUCACUAUAUCUCUGGGUUCUGGUGAGGGUCUUGGAAGUGAUUUUUUUAUAGCUGGCUUUAGGUAAUGACUCUGAUUAUCCUUUGGAUUUGUUCUACUGAGAGGCAAUAUUUUUACUGCAUUUUUUCCAUGGGCAGUUCAUUUUCAAGAGCUGUAUCUUUUCAAGGCAAGCUGUAGCCUUCCUUGCUUGAGAGGUUUUACAAAUCUUGAGAAAAGAAAAAAUAAAAAUCACCACUGUUGGAAAUCUUCCUUCACCCCCAUAAAAAUUAAGCAACAGUACAUAAAAUGUUUGCACUUUGAGAGCAGCAGACAAAUUCUUCUUCUAUGUCUUCAUGUACUGUCUGUGUUUCCUGUCUCAUGUAGCUGCUACCCUAAUUCCACAAAGCCUUGUCUGUGGGUACAGAGACUAUUUUUGCCACUUGCCUGCCACUGAGCUUGAGGCUGGGCUAAGAGCUGCUGAAUGUAUAGAGAGGUUUCCAUUUUCCUCUUUUCUCUUUAAACCCAUUUUCCUGCAGGGCUGGUGGACAGUUACUUGAAUCAGAGCAGCAUGCCUCAAAUCAGUAUUUAUAAGCACUCAGCAGUCUCUGUAUAUUUUUUCCCUCUCUAUGAACUGUCCUUUAAAGCUAGGAAAGAUGCAAACAGAGCUAGCAGUGGGACAAAAAAAAAAAAAAAAAAAUUAGGUUAUUUUGAGGCUGAGAAAAACAAUUAUGAGCUUCUGUGUGUGUUGUUAUUUCCCUGUUUGAAGGCAGGAUUUUGUGAAGAUGGUUGAGGACAGACAAGACCUAUACUGGGAAAAAGUUUGAGAUGCCCAGUUCUGGAAGACUGGAGGGAAAGAAAGUAAAUUCUGUCUAAUAAAAUAACUGUAGUCAUAAGAAUGAUAGAAAAAUUAUGAUUAGCUAUUUAUUCCUUUAUAGCCACAGGACAAUGAAAACCAGGGGAGCUGCAUAAGUGGUGUACAUUGUUUGUUUUUUUGCACCCCUCCUUAUUCUUGCUGAGCAGAAAAGAAGCUGUUGGGAAGCUGCAGAGAAGUUUCCAAUGAAGAAUUGAGCAGGACAAGGUCUGGUGUGUAAACAUGUAGAAUCUGUGAAAAUAUUGCUUAAUGUAAUGUACUGUGCCCAACCACUUUCUGAUAUUCUGCUGCCUUUGUAAUUGUAACAGUUGCUCAUGGACUUUUCUUCAUUGUUCCUGCAGGCUGUCUAGUUAGGCCAGAUCCUGCAAGCAUUUUUCAUAAAGAGCAGAACAUUUCCACCAUGACUAAAAACAGUUUGACACAGUGGUACUUGCCCAGUGGGAUUAUUCUGCUGCUUAAUGAAUUUGCCAGUGGAGUGCUUUGUUUAAAUUUCCUAGAAUAUUAAUCUUAGUGAAAUUAGCAGUGUUUUCAUCUCUCUCCCAGAGCACUGGACUAAACUCUUCAACCAUGAAGAAAAGCAUUGGAGUGGGAACAGCAAAGGAGCACUUUUCUGCUAACGAAACCAAGUGACACUUUUGUGUUGUUUUUCCCAAAGAAAAUGCCCUACUUUCCUGUGAAACUGAUAGUAAUAGCAGGAGUGUUGGAAAACAAUGAGUUCCACCUCCUGCAUCCAGAUCAUCAUCAUACACAGUCCCAUCAUUAGAGGCUGUGUUGUCAAGAAGGGCCAGACAAAACUUUAAUUUAAGUAAUUGGCUUGACAGGGUGACAUGGCAAGCUGGGUGCAAGCAGCAAGUGUAGGCAUUUCCUGCCUCAUAGGAACUGCACACUAACUGUACAGCUUCUCUGUCAGGAGAAAAAGUUAGUUUUAGGAUGCAGGUACAAGGAUACUGAUGUGAGGGUCUGUGUGGAAUAUUGCCAGGUGUACUGAAGAUCUCUAAAUUGCAGUGGCCAGAGCUGGUUCAAGCUCUGAUCUGUUUUGAUAGUGACAAUAUGCACAAUAUAUUUCUGGAUGUUGUGCUCUGGUUUCAUCACUAAAACCACUUCUCUCCCCUGGGAGGUUAGCAAAGGUUUAAAUUAAACCAUUUAAAAAGGGGACUAAUUCAUCAUUGAGUUCAGAGAAGCUACAGAGGGGAAUGGAGCAGUGGCUGAGUGGUGGAUGUUUCACAGGUAUGGUCCUGUGAAAUAUGCUGCCUCAACACAGCUUGGCUUGAAGCACUGUAGCUUCUCCUUUCUUUGGAGCCAGGCAGCUGGAUAAUUGAUGUCACUCACUGAGGAAUGAUGAGGAAACCCAAACACAUUUCCCAGAGCUGUUUUCUGAAGCCUUUCUUUAAAAGAGCAGGGUUCUGUGCUUUGCUGAUCAUUUUGUGUAUCAGCCUGAGUAAAUAAUUCCACUUGAUCAGUGCUUCAAUUAAAAAUGUCUAGCACAGAUAGCAGUUAGAAAAUCCUGACUGCAGUUCAUUCUGUGGUAGAUGCAGCAAACCACUUUAUGCUCUGCCUCUAGAGGUUUUUUACCUCCAGCUCUGUUGUGCAACCUCGUCACACAAACACAAGAAGCAACUUUGCAAAGUUAUCAGUGUGCCAAGGAAGACAAACUGGGGUGCUCUAAUGAUUCUCUUUUAGCCAUGGCCUCUAGGGAUCUAUGGCAACAUACCAAAUAAUCAAACUCCCUCUAAAGAAUUUUUUUUUCUCAAAGCAGCCAUCAGCUCAACACAGCAGCUGUGCAGCCACCACAGCAAAGAGACUAAAGGCUGAACAAUUAUUCAGGUGGGUGCAAUGGCACAUUAGAAGGGAGAACUGAGUGGGCAAACCCACACAGCUAUUCCUGUUGUAUUUUUAUCUGCAAGUAGGAGUCUGUGCUUGCCCACAGCAUUAACACCCUGUAUUUCUGUGUCAACACACUUGCAAAACUGAAAAAUUGAUUUUGAAACAAUACUAGCAGAGAGACUCAUCUGCUACAAAUAAUGUAUUUAGCCUUUUCAGGGGGCAGAUGAGGUCAUAGAUAUAUCACCUGUUCCAAAAUCCUCACUUGCAGUAGGACUUGAGGGCAGUCAGCAUCCUGCCCAGCUGCUGAGCAGACUGUGAUAACCAGCCCCAAAUCAAGAGUGAACAGAAGCAUCCAGCCAUUAUUGUCUUACCCUGUAGACCCAUUUGAACAUAAAAGAAAAAAUACACCUUUGUGUCUGGGACCAAAACCAAGAGCUUCUAGUCUAUGGGUUGUUAUGUAUUUUGUCUAUUAUUAAAAGCUUUUAUUUUGCUAUUCUCAAGCAAUUCCAGUUGUUAAUGUCCUCUUCACAUUUCUCUGCAGGCUGCUUAGAGUUAUUAAUUUCAUGCAGCACUGUCCAUUUAUCCAAGGUAAUUUGACUGAGUUUCCUGUGGCUAAUCACAGAGCAGAAUCUGGAAAAUUGCUCUUUUUAAGGGUGAUUUCCAUUUGAGAUAAAUAGACUAAAGAUCACAAUCCCAGAUCAAAAUGCAUCUGUGCUUUUGGAACAUUUGGAGCUCUGGAGAGUUGGAUUUCACGUGGUUAAUGCAGGGAAGGAAAGGGCAGGGAGGUCCUGGUGCUGAUGUCAGCCAUGGGGUUCUGACAGGCAGAGCUGAGUGGUUCAUUAGCUGCUGCUGUGUCCCUCUGAGCCCUGCUGGCCUCCUGGCCACACAGCCAGAGCUGAGUGUGAGCUAAACCACCAGGUACAGCACGUCCCUCCCCACCUCCCAGCCUGCUGAUCCUCAGGGAUCACAUUUGUUCCAUUUACAGAAGAGCCAGAGAUCAACAUCCUGUUAGCUGUAUUGUCACUGGUACCUUGUUCAGUCACCAUAAGGUCAAGAUAGGGGUGGUUUCACCUGCAUUUAGCCCUUUACCCCUUGUCUGGGUCCUAAAGCAGCCAAGGCAUCCUGAGCCUUAAAGUCUCCUACUGCCCUUAGUCUGAUACUAACUUUUUGUGUUUCCUCAUACAACCCAUCUUUGCCUUUUACCUUGUCUUUUCAGCUCAAAAAAUGAAAAUUAAGUCACCACUAUGCUCUUCUCUGGACAUGUAGGGAGCUCCUGAGAGCUGUGGACCAGCCAUGCCUCAUUUUAGUUUGUGGUUCUUCAGGCACAAAGAAGGAAGAAAGUGUCCAAUUAACCUACAUUCCAGAGUAAUAUUUGCCUUUUCAGAACAAAAUGCAUGACAAUUUUAUCUCAUUCUGGCCUGUCCCAGAGCAUUUACACUGAAACAACAUGACCAGAUCUACUUUUGCUGGUUUGGAAAUUACAGCAACACAGCCAGGAACUGGAAAAGAAAACCCUGAAAACACAAACAUCUCAAGGACAUGUCUCUGAAGUCAGUGUUUCCUGGGUGACAUGGGCAGACUUGAGCUGUUGGUAGCAAGGCAAGUGCCUUUUGUGUGAGCACAGUCUCCUUCUCUUCAGAAUUCUUGGGAGCAUUGUGCCACCCAUUCUGUCUUUCCCAGGCUAUUAUUUUCAGUUGUAGAAAAUACUCUAAAAUGUUCCUGUGUUGAUAGAAUACAUAAAAGAUUUGCCUCCUAAAGCUCUAUUUAGUCCUCCUGUAAAAGCUAAAACCACCCUAUUUUCUUUAGCAUGGAAUGUUAAAGAUUCAAGUAUCAUCUGCACUGUAGCAUUGUCUCAUUUUAAUUUUCAGUCUUUUGCCAGUCAGUCUCAAAGGAGAUCUUAAUAUUAUCCAGACUUUAAAGAUGCUGAGAACAGAAACAAGCAAGAGAAUCACAGAAUGUCUCCAAAGUCUCUGCCCAAUCCUUUAGGCUGCAUCAUUUCUCAUUCCUCCCCAUAUUACCCUUAUAUGAGCUCACAUCCAUCCCUUUAAAAUCACUGUCACCAUGACAUUGUCUCUAUCCCUUCAUUUUAUUUCUCCCCUUGUCUUCACUAUAUUCUUUUCAUUCCUUGGUGUCAGAGCAGUGUUCUUCAGCCCUUUUUAGCCAGCUCCUUGACUGACCUCUGAGAGUGAGGUUAGUGAUCAGUAAGGACAUUCCACAGUGAGGGCAAGGAACAGUAACACAAGGUCUCUUCUUGGGAGAAAAUCAUUCUCUGCCUUAGCAAACCACAGAUGUUUCCCCUAAGCAGAAGAGCAAGAUGCAGCCAUGAAGACUGGUAACUGCAAGGUUACCUUUCAAAAAUUCAGAUUUUAUAAAUACAUUGCACUGUUCUGCAGCCAGCAUUUACUGAGCUUUUCCCAACCCAAAGUCCUUUGUUUUUUUAGCAGAUCAGAAUCAGUGGUAGUGCUCUUGGGGUAAGGUGAGGGCAGCAGGAGUGGGUCCUAAGGAGGACAGAAAAGCUCCAUGUGAUUUACUGUGGGGUCAGGGCCAUUAAGGAGCUGCCAAUUCAGUAAAGAAACACAGCCACAGUGUGCUAAGCCAUUUCACAUUUAGUCACACCUGCAGUUCUCAGAUGCACAGCCAAGCUUUUAUAGCCAGAUUGAGCACUGAAACCUCAUUGUACCCAACAGAAAGUGCAUUCCUUUGCCAGAACUGAGGGAGCUCUGCAGCCCUGUGCUCUGGGAGCUUCCUGAGCUGCAGCCAUGAGUGAUUUCACAUUUCCUGAGGAGCUCACUCCCACUGAAGAACAAAUCAGAUUGAACUGUUCCAGGUCUGGCCCUAAAACCCAUCUCAGCUGCUGCCUUCAUGAGGAUGAUGGAAGUUCCUGAGCCUGCACGCUGCUCUAUGCAGAGGGACCUUUGCCUCCACCUGGAGUCAGCUGCAUUAAUAACACUGCAUUAAUAAUCCUCUGUACUUCUGACAUCUGCUCCACUGGAUCAGUUUGCAGGACUAGCUGUGGGUUGCUGGGGUUUUAUUUUACAUGUAAAGAUGUCUGUGAUUUCCUAAUCAAAAGCAAGAAAGAAAGCAGAAUGCUGUAUUUUUUUAAAUGAGAAGGUAAUAAAACCUGAGUCUGAAUAUUUUGAUAGAUAUGCUGGAAGGAUAUAUAAUGUAGCAAGCAGUUGCACUAUUUUUUUUCCUAGUAUGAGUACCUAACCUAAGAAAUAUUUGUUCUUUCUCUAUGUCCUCUUGUAGUUCUGAAGUUUGGAAGUUUAGGAGUGGAGUACAAAGUCUCAGUGAAAUGUGAAGCUUAUGUAAAUAAAUCUGGUAGUUAGAUUUGUAAGGUAGCCUAUUAAAAUUGUUUUCAAGAUAUCUCAAAUACUGCCUAAUUAUGUGGGGCUUUUUUCCCCCCAAAAAAAAGCUAAAUUGUGACACUUCUGAAAGCAUCUGUGCUUCACACAAAGUCACAGUCAUAUGGGAAUUAUAUUCUUCAGUUCAUGUAAAGCAGUUUUACAGGUGCCCUUUAGUAUGCACUGUUACUUUUUCUUAAUAAUCCUGGACAAUUUAAUUCUCUCGUGCUUUCUCUCUGCUGCCCUGUUUUGUACACUAUCAGGUUUGCAGGGAUGCUCUGUAUUGUUUUUGUAAUACAUGGGUUGGUUUCUAGAAAAACCUUUACUGUUGUAAUCAUUGUUCUUGGAUUGUGGAGCUCUAUCUGUAAAGACAAAAACAACUUUAAAAAUGCCCUCUGCUUUUUCCAAGUUUACUGUAACUAGCAAGUUUAGUUAAGAGAAAUGUAUUAUUUUAAGCUCCUGUUCUUUUCCAGUUAUUGACUGCUUUCACUGUGUGUGUACUUAGUACUGGUUCAUUCCUUUACUAUGGUGAAAAUGACAAGUUUUGUUAAUUAUCAGAUGGAAAUUGUGGUUUUGGAUAAAGUUCUUCAAAU